AUGGGAGAAAUAUUCUCAACAUUUAUAAGACGUGAGAGCUCCUUCUCCCACACUUGGACGGCUUUGGAGCUCCUGCUGGUCGCCCUGACUUGCACCCUGUUGACUUGGUACUUGCAGUUUCUCUGGAGCAGAAGGAAACUCUACGAGUGUUCCAGGAAACUACCAGGACCAUUCGCUUUUCCUUUGGUGGGAUCAGCUCUACACUUCAUCGGCAGCCCAUACGACAUAUUUUCCAACAUUAUGAAGAUGUACAAUCAAUAUCCGGGCAUAUUCCGUGUCUGGUUCGGUCCUAGAUUGUUCUACGCCGUCUCCGAUCCCAAAUACUAUGAAAUAUUACUACCCCAUUGUUUGGCUAAGGAGAGGUGGUACAAAUACUCCGAAGCGGCUAUUGGUCAUGGAUUAUUCGCAGCCCCCUUGGACAAGUGGAAGAGGCACAGGAAAAUCAUAAUGCCGACUUUCAGCCAAAAAAUUCUAGAUGGGUUCGUGGAGAUUUUUUCGGAGCAGUCCGAGAUUUUGGUAGAGCAGAUGAGGAAGUUUGCAGGGGAAGGGGAGUUUGACAUAUUCGAUAUUAUGUCGAAAUGCACGUUAGAUAUCAUCUGCGAAACUGCAAUGGGGGUGAAAGUAAACACCCAAACUAGUGCCGAUACGUCACUUUCUACGUGCAUUGACAGAAUACUGGAAAAUAUUUUUCUCCGAGCUUUUGUGAUUUGGUACCACUACGACGCCAUUUUCAAUCUCACAGCUAGGUCCAAGGCAUAUAAAGCUUCUCUAAAAACCCUACAUGACUUCUCUGGCUCAGUGGUCAGGCAACGGAAACGAUUGUUUGACGAAUCUAGGAAAGCGAACAAACUGUAUUUCGAAGAAGACUCGAGGAAGAAAACGUUUUUGGAUCACUUAAUAGAGAUCACCAGCCAGGGAAACCAGUUUACUGAAAGGGAAUUGAGAGAUGAAGUCGACACCUUUAUCAUUGCUGGUUCCGAUACAACGGCUUCUACAAAUUCCUACGUCUUCCUCAUGCUAGGGCUCCACAAGGACCUACAGGAGAAAGUCUAUGAAGAGAUAAUCGAAGUGGUAGGUCCAAGUAGACCCGUGGAAAGAGAAGACUUGGUCAAACUCAAGUAUAUGGAUAGGUUCAUCAAAGAGACCCUCAGACUGUUCCCUGUGGCUGGUGUCAUCGUCAGGGCCAUCGAGGAAGACGUCGAUCUAGGUGACCACUUGAUCCCGGGAGGAACCUCUGUGAUCUUUGGGAUCCUGAGGACCCACACCAAUGAGAAAUAUUGGCCGGAGCCCUUCAAGUUCGAUCCGGACCGAUUCCUACCGGAAGAGGUCGCCAAAAGGCACCCUUGCACCUAUUUGCCCUUCUCCUAUGGCCCUAGGAACUGUCUAGGGAUCAAGUACGCUAUGAUGGCCAUGAAGACGCUUCUGGCGACGGUGUUGAGAAAGUUCAAGGUCAGCACGUCCUACGGGAGUAUCCAGGAUAUCAAGCUCAAGGCUAAUUUAGUCCUGAGACCCACAGACGGAUAUAAGGUGUCGUUAGAACUAAGGCAAUAG